AUGGGGACUCGAGGCCUCGAGAUCGUGCGCUUCCGCAGGCGUUACUACAUUCGCUAUCAUCAAUACGACAGCUACUUCGAGGGUCUCGGUGCUAAAAUAGUCGGCAGCAUCCCCACCGACCCCGAGGGAUACCAUAAAUGGCCCGAGUCGAUGCGAGCCGAGUAUGCGGCCAAGGAAAGUGCCCUCGAAAGACAUGUCUACCAGAUCCGCGACGGGUUCGAACCCGAUUAUUCGCAGUUUCGCGAGUUUGAGGCGCUUCCCUCCGAGUUUCCACGGCUAGGUGACUAUGCUGAGCACUUUUACAUCAUCAACCUCGAUCAUGAAGAUGAACAAUGGCUUCGUGCCAUUGCAGACAGUAUCUAUCUGAACAAGCUCACCAUCUCACUCGACGUUUGCCCGGAAGAGUAUAUAGCCUCGGGGGCUUUGGAGUUUCCCGAGCGAAAUUGGGAGCUCGAAUAUGACUUCCGCCUCGUUGCCCCGAGAACAGACAUCGCGGAGGCGCCGAAGGCGUUUCUCACACACGUUCUAGCCGGUACUCUUAUUAAAUACAAGGAAGAGAUCAUUAGGUUUGGGAUGGAGUGGAGCUCGGACUCCUUUCCCUUUCGCGAGUUGACUUUUGCUCUCGUCUCAAUUGCGUCCGGCCAGGCCAAAUUCCAUUCUUUCCCCGCUCAGCCGUGUAACCCUCGAACUUGCCAAUCAUGGGACUGCGAGUCGAACCACUUACCUAGAUCACCUGGAUGGCUUGACGAAGUGUGGACUGGCGAUAGUCCUCCGUUACUGGAGUUCGGCUCCCUGUCCCACCGACCGGGCGAGCCUCCAGGGGCGUCGCCCAUGGAGACGAUAUACUGGCUCGAGGACGUGCUUAUCAGUCUUGCACUGGUGAUUGACGGUGAGUCCGCCACGAAGGCCGUCACCUGGGGGGUCGAGCAGGGACGCACCAAAUUUCAGAUCGUCAUCUUAUCCCUCUUUGAAGUCGCCUUUGCAGAAGUCUCAUUUGGUCCUGAGGUGGGGCAAUGCAUUAAAGUCAGUGGUGCUCUCGAUCUCUCGCCUCUUCGAGCAGAUUAUUGUGUGAGCACAUAUCCGCGCCAGCGACCAGAGCUGAAGCCUGGUAUGAAGGUUCGGCAUCGGCGCGGUGAACUCAUCAUGAACUCGAACUGCACAGGGACAAUCCGAAGACUACGAAGCCAGUUCCCCGGGCUCGCGGCGCUUGUCAACUUCUUCGAAGUCGCCGCGAGCCGCCGCGCAGCAUCCAAAUCGGAAGGGAUUCUCCCGCCGGAAAUGUACGACAGUAUUUUAGACUUUGCCGAUUACGAUACGUGGAAGGCCUGCUUGCGGGUGUCGACUGUGGUUCGCUCCUGCUGCCUCCGCAGGUACAGGCUUGAUGAUCGGGUGAGAAUUGUGGCAGGCCCUUCCGUGAGGCUGCAAAAGUAUCACAAAGAGCGUCUCAUGUCCUUCGACUUCGAAAACAUACAAACAAGCAAGAUCCUUCCGAUGAUGCACGUUCCGCAUUGUAUUUGA